UGCGCCCUGCACAACUCGUGUGACUCACAUCCUUCCAUUUGUCGGCAAAUUAACUGAAAUCAUGUCUACUGUGACAGUGCAAUGUGAUAAGAGAGAUGUCCUGGGCAAAGGUCCUGAUGGACAAGUGUUUAAGAGCACUUUUGCUGGCAAAGAAGUUGCCGUAAAAAGAAUACAAAAAGAUAUGGGGGAGGAUGUCGAAGAAUCGAAAACAAGGCUCGCUGCUCGAAUCCGCGAAGUAGCAACUUUGAAAAAAGUUGAUCAUCUCAAUGUUCUCAAAUUAAUCGACGUACAAGAAGAUCCAGAUUUCAUGUAUUUGAUAUUGGAACUAUGUUUGGGAACACUCAAAGAUUGCAUCGAAGGAAGGCUCACCGACCUGAUGCCUCCAGAAAUCGACGGAAUGAUGCAAAUGGCUAGCGGAUUGCAACACAUUCAUUCGCAUAAACUAGUCCAUCGAAAUAUCAAACCAGCAAAUGUAUUGAUUUCUACGUCCCACGUUUUGAAAAUAUCAGAUUUCGUACACUGCCGACCAGUUACAGGUUUCGGAAGUUUCUCAAUGUCUAGCGGGCUCGAAGGCACACGAAUAUACGCCCCCCCUGAAUUCCUAUCCACGGAAGGGAAAACCAAAGAACAGAUAAAAAAAAUUCGCGUUAACGUUUCAGUUGACGUCUUUUCACUGGGAUGCCUCUUUUUCAAUUAUCUUACAAAAGGCGGACAUCCGUUUGCCAAUGGUGAGUCUCCCAAUGAAGUUUCAACUCCCGCUAAUAUUUGUGAAGGCGUAAAAGUCCUUGAUGGCAACAGGGGUUUACCGAAAAACCAUUAUGCAUACGCCAUGAUUGACGGAAUGACUGAAAAAAUCCCCGACCAGCGUUGGAAAUUAGAAAAAGUCCUAGUAACUCUAAAAGCUGAAGCUGAUAGAACUGCGACUGAAGAAAAUCAAUGAAAAGUAUACAUCUCGGUAAAAGAAAAAAAAUCUAAACAUCAGUUAGAAAAUACACCGGCAAAUA